CUCAUUUAAUGAAUCUGUCCCGCAGCAAUGGCGCAUGCGCAUAAACACUUCCGAGUGGAUACAGCGUCUGUAGCGACAAGGCGGAAAUUCCGAAAUCAUGGUUAAAAAUUGCUGUGUUUACAAAUGUAUGAAUGUCUAUAAUGCCGAUGCUAGAUCGAGAGGGGUUAGUUUCUUCCGUUUCCCAAAGAAUAAGCGAAAGCGAAGAGUGUGGAUCAAAGCAGUCAACAGGGAUAAGUGGGAACCAGGCGACCACAGUUGGAUCUGUUCCGAGCAUUUUUUGCAUGGAUGGCACGGAGAUGAUCCCAGUGAUGAUAAUUACGCCCCCACUUUGUUUGCUUAUAAAGACAUUAGAUCGGAUGAAGACGUUAAAAGGGAAAAAAGGAGAUUAGAACGUGAAUCAACAAAGGAAGAACAGUACAAGGAGGUUAUCUCGAAAGAGAGGGAGAUGGCAAGCCUUCAUUUUUCGCUGCUGGCCCAUGGAUCAUACUGUAGAGUAGAAGAGGCUGUAGAUAUCGAUCAUGAAGAUCUUUGUGCCAUCACAACAGAUGAUGUUAACAUUCAUCUCACAUCUGAUUCAAGUGUACAGUGUGAAGAAGACCCCCUACUUCAUGAAAACAGGGAGCUAAGACAAGAGGUCAGUCGACUAAGAGCGGAACUUGGCAAGCAUAAGUGGGGUGUGGAACGCAUCAAAGAUGACGAUGGAAUGACAAAGUUCUACACAGGAUUACCGUCAUUUGCCAUCUUUUUGUGGCUGUUCAACUACCUUGCACCUAAAUGCUCAAGGAUGAACUAUUGGAGGGGACAAGGCCAAACUACAUCUACAGAUAGAGUGCGGAUGUCUUCAUCAUAUCUCAGCCCCAUUGAUCAGUUUUUUGCAGUUCUAAUGAGAUUGAAAGUAGGUCUUUACAUCCAAGAUAUUGCAGAAAGAUUUCAAAUCAGUUGUGCCUCAUUUUCCAUGAUCUUUACCACUUGGAUUAGUUUACUACAUGCUGAACUUAAGUUUCUAAAUCCCUUCCCAAGCAAAGACAUCAUCAACAGGACCAUGCCAGAAUCAUUUAAAGUAAAGUAUCCAUCAACUAGAGUUAUUAUUGAUUGCACUGAACUGUUUAUUCAAAGUUCAAGUAGCCUUUUAAAUCAAAGUUUGACAUUCUCUAGUUAUAAACACCAUACCACUGUCAAAUUUUUGGUUGGCAUUAGCCCCUCCGGUGUCAUCACAUUUGUUUCUGAGGGAUGGCCGGGGAAAACAUCAGAUCGUCAACUAACAGAGAAUUGUGGGCUGAUCAGUUUGCUUGAGCCAGGUGACAGUGUGAUGGCUGACAAGGGAUUCACAAUUGCCGAUUUGUUGGAAAAACAGCAGUGUUUUCUAAACAUCCCACCAUUCAGAGGUAAUGUGAAUCAAUUUUCUACUGAUGAUGUCUACAGGACGCAAGAAAUUGCACAGCUCCGUAUUCAUGUGGAAAGGAGUAUUGGACGGGUAAAGAAUUUCCACAUUUUGGAAGGAGUGAUCCCCCUUAGUAUUGUGCCUCUCAUAAGCAAAAUUUUUCAAGUUUGUUGUUGGUUAACAAAUUUGGAUUUCCCGAUUGUUGAUGGAAAGAAACCAACUACAGAAGAGUCUUGAGUGAAGUGGAUGGACCGAUGUUUCCACCUCCAUUUCAUUGUACACUGCAGUCGGUGCUCCAGAGUCAGGAACAUUCCACAGAUGUGCCAUACCUAAAUAUUUCAAACAAAUUUUUAUGAUUUUAUUGUGUUUUUUUUAC